GCUCGCUCCAUGUCCGGCCGCCAUAGUACUUGAGGGAAUCGAGUCGCGUGCGUGUAUUUUCUGCUUCGUCGCGUUUACCUUCUCUCUCUCUCUCUCUUCUCUCUCUCUCUCUCACACACCCAUUUACACUCGCUCGUUCGUUUCGUCGUACACGACAUACCCAGCCGUGCCGUCCGCAGCAAGGAACGCGCCGAUCCACGACGAUCCUUGCCCACUGUUCACGCGUCCGUCGCAACAUCGCGAUACUUGGAAUCCACGGGGAUAAACAUCCUCGGUAAAAUAAUCAAAGAUGGAUGUUCAGACAGGACUUAUAUACGUCGGCAUUGUUGUCAUCUCUGCUGUAGCUAUCCUCUGCAUUUCAAUGUUUGGUAUAAAAGAGAAAUCUUAUGAAGAAGCAAUUGCCGAACAGAGAAAACUUCCCGAUGAUCUGUUGUCAAAUAAAAAGGAUAAGAAUAAAGAAAAGAAGCACAAGAAUAAAGCAGGAAAGAAGGUGAAAGAGAAGAAAGAAGAAAAAGAUGAUAAAGAAGAUAAGGAGGAUAAAGAUGAAAGAACGGAGCAUGUACAAUUUGAAGAAACUCCUCAAAUAUUGCCACCUGAGCCACCAGUACAGGAAAGUAACAAAGGCAAUAAGAAGAAAGGAAAAUUUGAAAAGAUAAAACCAAUCCUCGUAAAUAAAGACGAGCCUCCAGUCAUUGUGACUGAAUUAAAUUCCUCGCAACCUCCCUUGGCGGAGGCUAAUCAUUUUGAUCUUAUUCAUCCAAAAGAUGACCUUGAACUCGUACGGAGUCAGAGUAAGGAGAAUCUUCAACAGAUUUCCCAAACUGAGACAGUGGAGAGGAUCAAUAAAUCACCAAAGGAUACUCCGACUAAGUCGAAAAAAAAUAACAAAGAUACUAUGAAAAAGAGAGAUGAAAACGUUAAAGAGAAACAAGAUGAGAAACAGGAUACUAAUAAUUAUUCUAAUGCUUCAUCAGUCAAUAAAGAAACUAUGAAAGAAGUAAAGGAGCAGCAGAAAGAAACACCAGUUAAGGAAGUAAGGGAAGUUGUUAAGGAAGUUGUAGUUCAGCAGUUACCGAGCAAAGAACCGAAAAAAACAAAAAAGAAGAAUGAUAUUUUAUCUCAGAUUGAUGGGGAUGCUGUUAAUGUUGAACUCUUAAUGCUAUGUAUUCAAAAGGCAGAACUUAGUCGAUCUGAAAUACAAAUCUUAACGAAUCAACUCUUAAAUAAGCAGCAGGACAAUCCGUUAGAGCAUUCUGAAUGGACAGAAGGUCGCGCUGACCCUGUUAUUAAGUUGAAGAAACAAUUGGCGGAGAAGGAAAAAGCAUUAGCUGACGAGCACGAAGCAAGCGUGGCCUUUCAAAACAAGUUGAAAGAAUUGCGAGCUGAAUUUAAUACGGAGAAAUCUAGACUUUCAGCAAACAUUAGACAACUUGAAGAAUCAUUAAACGUCAAAAUCACCGAAACUCAGACAUUGCACACACGAAUGCAACAUAUUUUAGAAAGUCAUGUUGCAGAAAAGCAAGGUUUUGCUAGACAGAUUGAACAACUGCAGACCAAAGUGAAUGAAGAUGCCACUAUUAUUCACAAAUUACAAGAAGAUCAAGGACAAACUCAGGGCCAUUUGCAGCAAGAACUGAUGGCGCAACGGAAACAAAUGGAGGUGCAAUUUGCUCAAAUGCGCGAAAAUGAAAAUGCGUUGAAGUCACAGCUGACUCAGAAGCAUGUGGAGAUGCAGGAUUUGCAAAAUGAACUACAAGCUACUUGCGAAAGUAGUACCGCAGAGAUAGAGGUUUUACGCCAGCAAUUAGGAAUAAUGCAAGGUCAACUGAUGCAUUCGGAAGGACAAUUGCAGCAUUUCAAAGAAACUAAUGAUCGACUACAAGACGUCGCUAGGCAACUUGAGGAAUCUCAUCGUGCGCAUACUGAUUUAGAUCAUAGAUUAAAAAGUGCACAUCGACAUGAACAGGAAUUGCAGAAACAAGUAAACUCACUGCAGGCUGAAUUAAAUCAUGCUAAAAAUGAAGCCAAUGAAACGCCUACCUUAAAAAUGGAACUCGGCAAGGCUCAAAGUGAAUUAAUAAAAUUAAAAUCAGAGUUAUCAGCCACAAUGAACGAAGCCAAAUCAGAAGCGGCCGAAAUUAUAGCUUUGAAAAAUCUAUUGAGUAAUAAGGAGGAAGAACUCAAGAGAUUGCAAGACAAAUUUAAUAUCGUACAGAAUGAUUUGCAACAAUCUAGUGCGCAAGUUACGCAUGUGGAGUCCAAAUUAAAUUCUGUACAGAAAGAAUUAACUAUAUUAAAGAUCGAUUUUGAAAGAACAGAACAUAAUUUAAAAGAAGCGAAAAACGAAACAAAUAAGUAUCAAAAUGAAAUGCAAACAUUACAAGAACAAUUGGCAAGCGUACAAACGGAAUUAGCUAAAGCUCAUGCUCAAAUCAGGGAAUUUAAUAAAACUACGAAUGAAUUGAAAGCCUUACAAAUCGAGGUAAAUAGAUUGCAAAGCAACGAAAAAAAGAUAGGAGAUGAACAAUUUCGAAUUAUGAAAUUGCAAGAAGAGAACGAUAAAUUGCGCGCUGAGCUUGCGAAUAUCAUAGAGAAACAAAAAGAGCAACAGCAUGAGGAGAACAAAAUUCUCACAGACAAAUUACCUACUAUUGAACAUCAACAUGCCAAUUUAGAAGAAAAAGCUUUAUUAGAAACAUUGACAACCAAGUUAAUGCACAAGGAAGAAGAACUUAGUAAGAUAAAUGAACGAUUACAUCUAUUAGAAAGUGAUGCAGAUAAAAAACAACAUUUUAUUACGCAACUAGAAGAAGCUUUGGAAGUCCAAAAAUCUAAAAAUAAUGAGCUGCGCACAAAAAACUGGAAAGUGAUGGAAGCUCUUACUGCUGCUGAGUCACGUGCCAAAUCUAGUGAUGAGAAGAACGUUGAACAGGCAAUACAAAAGAUUAAAGAGGAACAAGAAGAAAUAACAAAGGCACUUUUACAAAGGAUAUUCCCAGAGAUUAAAGUGUGCGAGAAAACACAUGAACAAUGGUUGAAAUCCUUUGAAGAUAAAGUAUGUACUAUUUUAAAUGAAUUAAAACACAAAAACUCAGAUCAAACAAAUCCAGAUUUGGAAAGACAGAACAAAAAUCUGCAAGGCAUGGUUUCACAUUACAAACAAAUUAUUUAUGAUACGGAAGGUAUGCUUAAUAAACUACAAAGUCAUAUAGAAUCCGAAGAAACGAGGUGGCAAUCGCAACUUCGGCAAAAGGAAAAUGAAGUAGUGAACCUUAGAGUAGAACUUAAUGAUAUGCAAGCUAAAUUAAUCUCAAAUGAAGAGUUUAAACAAAAAGUGAAAGAAUUAGAAGAUCAUGUAGAACAAAAUUGUACUGGAACAUUAUUUAAAACACAAAGACCCACAUCUUGUGGAGAACUAGAUGACAAUGAACUUGUUUCUUUAGAACAAUUACAAGAGGAGAAGGCCCGAUUAUCGCAAGAAUUAGAAGUAGAAUGCAAUAAGAGGGCGACAUUGGAUGCGGAAGUAAUAAAAUUGCGUUCUCUUGUUGAAACUAGUGAGGCGAGUUUAGUUUAUGAGAAAAAUCUUGUCACACAACUUCAACAAGAAGUAUCCCAACUCAAGAACGAAAUUUGUGGAGGCUGUAGCAGUUCAGAACAAUCUAUGCUGAAUGGUCCACCCAUAUCAGACUCUCUUCAAUCUGAGCAAUCAGAUAAUAAUGUAUCUGGAAUGCAGCCUCCUCUAGCAUCUCAGGCUCUGAUAGCUGCAUUAGAAAAUACUCUGCUCAAGAAUACAGAGUUUGCAAACUGUUCCGUAACCAAAUCUGUCAAUUUGGUUAAUCAAUCUGAACAAGAAAUUGAGAACAACUCCCUUACUACAAAAUAUUCCUCCAAAUCUUGUCAUAUGACAGAUCACAAUACACAGGCUAAUUGGAACCCAAUGAUUGGCCAGCAACAUAAAAAGCACAAGAAAAAGAGGAAGUCCACUAAGAAAACCAUGGCAAAACGGCGCAGAUUCGCAGGGUGGUUCAGGAAAAAAAUAACUUCGAAAAAUAAACUACGCUAGUGCAGUGCAAGUACUGGUGAUUAAAAAGAUGGGAUAUGCAAAUGCAAAAAAGCGAAUGCAGCAUUACUAUAUAGGUAUACAUAGCAUACUUUGCUACUCAGAAGACUAAUAUAAAGUGAAAAUAUUACGGAUAAUGUUUAUUGUAAAAAAAUAUCAUAUUUUAUUAUGUGGAGAAAAUAUAAAUAAUUAAACUCGUAGUAAUUAAAUGAAAAAUCUCUUGAGAUACUUGCAUAUGUGAUGGUUAUAUAAUUUAUAAUUACAGAUAGCUAUACAUGAUGUAAAAGUUAUCAAAAUUGUACGUUAUACAUUACUGAUAUUAAUUGUUUAUAGAAUCUAUAAACUAUAACAAUUUAUAAAUUUUAAUUAUGUUAUGAGACUUAUAAGAACGUAACGCUUAAAGGAUGUUCUUACAACUUAAAAAACAAUUGUAUAAUUAAUGAAUGAAUUCCAUGACUUCAUGAUUCAUUAUUUGUAUUAUGAUAUUGAUUCUGAUAUUAUUUCUGAGUCACAGUUAGUGUUUA